AAUUUUCAUUUAUCAAUAAAAAGUAAAAUUACUACAUACUGAAAAAGAAGAAUAAGAAAAUAAAACAAAAAAAAAAUUAUUUUCAUCUUUAUUUAUUUAUUGGAGGCUAUUAAAAGCCACAGAAAAUGAGUUUAUAAAACACAUGAGCGAGCUCGACGCAUCCCACUUCUCUUUCUUCCAUUUGACGCACAGAAAAAGGAAAAAUAAGAUAACAAAUACAUAACUAAAAACAAACAGAAUUCUGGAGAAUCUCUCCUUAUUAUUCACAAUAUGUCAAGAAAUGAAGAUGGUAAGGCACCACCGCCGGAGAAGUCCAACUUCACCCGGCGAUGUAGUUUGCUCAGCCGUUACUUGAAGGAGAAGGGUAGUUUCGGUAAUAUAGAUCUUGGAUUGGUCCGAAAGCCUGGUCCGGAUCUCGGGUUACCCGGAAACUCUGAUCAACAAGAGAAACAAAAAGUGAUGCAUAAGGCAAAUUCGGAACUCAAAGCCCUUAAUGUCUUAGGCGAACCCUCUAGUUCAUUUGGAGGCAAAGCCAAAGCUACCAAUCUCAGUGAACCAUCAGAGCCAGUUAGUUCUCAGCUGACAAUAUUCUUUGGAGGAAAAGUUCUAGUAUACAAUGAGUUUCCUUCAGACAAAGCUAAAGAGAUAAUACAGGUAGCAAAAGAAGCCAAGUCUGUGACUGAUAUUAACAUUCAGACACAAAUCAAUGUCCAAAAGGACCACAACAAAAGCAACAUGGUUCUUCCUGAUCUCAACGAGCCCACAGAUACUGCGGAUGUCAAACAACAGCAACAACAACAAAACCAGCUCGUGGAACGUAUAGCACGUAGAGCUUCCUUACAUCGCUUCUUUGCUAAACGUAAAGACAGGGCUGUGGCUAGAGCUCCAUACCAAGUUAACCAAAAUGGUGGUGGUCAUCAUUAUCCUCCGAAGCCAGAGACUGUACCUGGUCAACAGCUAGAGCAGGGACAGUCGUCACAACCACAACGACCGGCUCAACCCAAACCAGAAUGUGAUAAAGAUAUGUUGAUGGAAGAAGGCCAGUGUUCGAAAGAUCUCGAACUUAGGCUAUAAUCAAAUUUUGUUAAAUAUUUGUAAGAAACUUAAACUUAAGAUGAUCGUCUGACUUAUUUUAAAUGAUUUGCUUUGUACUAAAGUUUGCAAUCAAUUUUUAACUUGGAUAUUAAUAAAUGCAAUAGUGAAUUUAGUUGCAAUUUAUAACAA